AUGGUACUUGGACUAAAGUCGAAGAUAACCCUUGGGAUGGUGGUUACGUACACCUCGUACAUCGGCUACAUCUCCCUCAGAACGCAGUGGGAGAUCCAGCAGCGGGAGGCGUUGUACCACAGGAAACAGAGCACCCUCCAAUCGGCGCACCCCGAGCUUGACCAGGAGCCCAGUGGUCGCUUUCUUCCGUUAGUGAUCCACGGAAAGUUUGAAAACCCGUUCAAGGAGUACAGGGCGCAGUCGUUGUUUGAAUUCUUUCUAGUGAGGGUCAUGGAAGUGGUGGAGCUCAUAACCGGCGGCAGUGACGAUAAGGACGGGCACCACCACGACAGCAGGUUGUUGCACAAAGAUAUCGCCAAAUUGAGAGCCACAUUGCCCAUCUACCAACCGGAUAUGGCCUUGUACCACCAUCCGGCAGAUGAUGGCGAAUUGCCAGAAUUGCUGAAAAGGUUUGUAUUCACUUGGUUGGGUCAGAGCUGUUCCAUCUUGCAGAUCAGCGGGAUCAACUUCCUCACUGACCCGAUAUUCCAGGACUACUUGAUCAACCCGUACAUUGGACCGCAGCGUAUCACCCCAUCGCCGGUCCAGAUCCAGGAGUUGCCACUUCAGAGCUUGCAGUACGUGCUCAUCAGUCACAACCACCCGGACCACUUCGAAGACUACUCCAUCGCUGCCAUCAACAACCAGGCCGAAUGGAUCGUGCCGAUGGGUGUGGGGGCGCAUUUGAAGCGCAAGGGUGUGUACAAGGUUAUCGAGAUGAGCUGGUGGGACCGCUACGAGAUCCAGCCCCAGCAGGUGUCCGCCACCAAGAGCAAGUGGGAGGUGGUGUGUUUGCCAGCCAUGCACUGGUCGGGCAGAUGCAUCUACGACAACAACAGCACGUUGUGGUGUUCUUUUUUGAUAUUGAAAGACAACAAGCCCGUGUUCUAUCACGCCGGUGACACUGGGUACAGCGAAUCAAUGUUUGACGAGAUCAAAACCAAGUACAGCGGGGUGUUUUUCGGGAUGUUGCCCAUCGGGCAGUACUGUCCGGAAUGGCACCAGAAGCCGCGCCAUAUCUCUCCCAUAGAGAGCUUGACCAUCAGCGAGUGCAUGGGCAUUCAGAAGAUGGUGGGGGUCCACUGGGGGACGUUCAAGCUCAGCAGUGAGCACGUGAUGGAGCCGCAGCAGUUGUUGCACCAGGCCGCCAAAGAUCUUAGCCGCGAGAAGGACUUCAAGGCAGGGGAGUUUGGGAAGACGUUUGUGUAUGACCUCACGGCGUUUGAGAGCGGCACGGCGGGAGGCGAUACCGAGAGAGAGAUCAGAGCCGGAAAGAGUGUGUUGUGCAGGUAG